AUGCAGAAGAUGAGUACGGCUUGGAAGAACCUCAAGUACAAGCUAUACUUGGGAUAUGUCCUCAACCCAAACAACCCAACACCAUUUGCCGAGUACCCUCACAUCACACCUAAAGUGUGGGAGGAAUUCAAGCAAUUGAAGACCACACUAGAGUUCCAAGUGCCCUCGCCUCCAUCUGUCGGAGGUAGACAACACGAUGGGGCAUCAAGCUCGUCUUCUUCGCAACAAGUUGAGGCUACCGCCAGCAGUAGUACAUCGUUUGGAGAAUCAGAAGAGACUACCGGAUGCCUUGGACGGCCCCUGGUGGAGGUGUUCGAUUUGGCUGUAUCUGCCAGUGGUAGGGACUCCGGUUUCCCAGUUGGUGGCACGACAAUCACCGUAUUCGACGGAAAACGAGGUCAGAUCAUCUAUAAGUACGACGAGGAUCAACAUGAUGAUGAUCAUACGCAGGUUGAAAAUCUGGUGCUAACAGGCCCCUACAGAGCCAUCUCAGCUGACGGGAGCUUCGCCGUCGAAAUUGAGACCAGCCCCACUGACAUCAAGUACUGGGAGUGGGAUUGCAGUGAUGACGAGAUCGUGUACGACGAGCUGUAUACCGAGAACCUAGGCCCCGUCGAUAUCACCUACGUGGUGCUGAGUGAAGCCCUGGAGGCCACCGUGGAGGUUAAGCUGCCAGAAACCGUUUCUACAAACGGAGGAGAGAGCAGCCCUCCUCGCAUCUUCGGGUACAUCGCCGCGCAGACCAAAGUCUUCGAUCGAGCGAGCGUGCUCUUUAGCCGUGCGGCAGACAGAGCGGUGCCGAUCCCCUCUGAUCUCAGAGUUCCGCUGGCGCGAUCCGUGGUGGCGGUGCCAUCUUGGUCGAAGCUCCAGAUAGAUGUGGGGCUUUACCUUCUUACUCAAAAUGCCACUACUAAGUUUGAGCACACUGUUAAGUUGGACUGCACUAACCAUUCCCAGAGAAUACAGACCAACAACGGUGACGUGCUCCAAGUGAACGUCUCCUGGUACCCGCAAUUUACUGACUGCGGGGAGAAAACUCGACGGUCUUCACCCUCAGGCGACUGA